GACAACCAAUAGCAGAUUGUAACGGUGACCAUUCUAACGUUACAUGACACGUAAGUCACUCUGGAUCUUGAAUAUAGGCUAAGCAGCAUAUUUUUUGACGCCAGAUUAGUUUAUCGACAUUCGUUAAUGUGUAAAUAAAAUAAACCAAUCCAACCUAAUUGGACAUAUUUUUCAUUAUCAAGAUUGCAUUUAAAUAAGCACGUUAUAGUUUCACAUUUCUGCACGCGUGCUUGUGUUUUUCUCGCUUAGUGCGCUAAAUCUGCUAUACAUUAACGACAUGGCACACCUGAUGCUCUUGUGCGGACUAGGUAGGCUAAUAUAGGCCAAUUCACAUAUGUCGAUUAGGCUUCGCCUCAGCACGUCACCUGCCCUCCGGAUCUUUCUGACAGUAUUUCAAUCGAUGUCCUUUGAGACGCUUCAUCCGGCCAUUGAAGCAACUAUAGUUAUUUCCCACGUUUUUGCAAAGGCUCAGACUGCUUUUGAAACCCGUCGGUCAAUGGAAUCCUGGUGCAUUAUGGAGCGUUCAGGAACACCAUGCGCACAAGAGAAUCUGAAGGAGUCGUUUACAGAUUUGAUAGAGCUGGAAAGUAAAUUCGGGAUGAAAACUCCGGAGGGGCUGUUGAAUUGGAGUUCAGUCGAUCCGCAGGUGAUAGACCACGGCACCAGCGACAGUCUGACGGACAAGAUCAUAAACUUGAAACGGGAGAUGGUCUGUCUGCGUGCUACAGAUGUACAGAUCCUGCGCCAGCUGGUGGCGUUAUACAAGGGCUUGGAGGCUGUGCGGUGGCUGCUGGAGGAGCGGGGCACACUGGUCAGCCGAGGCAGCAGCCUGACAGGCAGCCAGAGUAGCCUGACCGAAGGGCCUACACCUGGGCCUGGCAUGUCCCCAUCCUGUGAGGGCCUAUGUUUGGGCCUAUCUGACCGGCAGAGUCCCCUCAUCAACGACAAUGAAAAAACUGAGCCAGGGCCAGAAGAAGAGGAAGAGUGGCCAGCACCAAAUAGCGUCACUGGGCAUAGCAACUUCAAUAUGCUCCCCAACACUGCUUUUUCUAAAGCCACAGGCCACAGGCUGACACUGGAUGAAGCCAUUGAUGGGAACAUUGUGGGGGUGAAAGAACAGAGCAUGCCCAGUAGUAAGGUUUUGUUCGGGUAUGAUGCUCAGUGGUGUUGGGUGGAGUCUCAGGACGAUGUAACAUUUCUCUGAUGUUAUUACCUAUGUUUAAAAGAUGCUUUCGAUUCUCUAUUCACCUAACAAACUCACAGUGAUGCUACAGUUGUUUAUGCAGUGCAUGCCCUGACUGAAUGACUUACAAUAGCAUGACUCAUUGCCCACAGUGGGCUGGGUGAUGAAUGUUAGUAUUCUUUUGACAGGCACCAAAUUAAAGUGGUCCAAUGUUUUUACAGCUUGUUUGUUGGGGUGACUGUGUUUUUGUAAUUUCACUGGGGAAAUCAAUGUCAUAAUGAAUUCCGAUUGUUAAUUCACAUGUUUUAUUCAACAAAAGAUGUUAUCAGAUAAGAAUGGUUUCAUAAUUUUAUUAUGGAAAAAUCCAGUCUGGUCAUCAUUUUUAAGUCAUAUAUUUUGGACUUAGAUUUGGACUUUGCAUUUAGAUUUAGAUAUAUUUUGCCCAUAAAAGUUCUGCCAUUGACAUUACGAAGGUUCUCCAUUCUCAUAAAUGAACAUUUCUCAUUCCUUUGUUGAUGUGCUGGUUGGUACUUAAGGCUCAGGUGACAGUGAGAAAACUGGCCUGUGGGAAUUUGAGUUAUAGUGGCUAUAACCAGGUUGAACAAAAUUUGUUAAUUCAAAAAGUAAUUGAGAAAUUGAAUUCAGAGUUCACAUUUAAUCAUUUUCCUACUAUGCGUUGCAUGCUGGAUAAAGCUUUCUGAAGAUGAAACUACAGAAAAUAUA